AUGAAUAUAUCAUUUGGUAAUAAUUCGAAUCAUUUAAAGAAGUCUGAACUUUCAAAUGAAUUAAACUCGAAUUCAAACUUUGAUUCAAAUUCAAAUCAAUUACAUGUGAAAAGGAGUCAAGAUGUAAGUUCAGUUAAUCAAAAUAUCACAAUUUUCAAUAAUUCAAAUAAUAACAACACUAAUAACAAUAAUAAUGAUAAUGUCCGGAAUGAUAGUGGCAUAGUACCGCCUAUUAUGCUUCAACAAGAACCAAUUGUGGAGAAGAAAAGGGGAAGAGGCCGUCCUCGUAAAUACCCACUGGCUAAAGAUGUUAUAAUACAGAAUAUUACAUCAAUAGGUAUAAAUAAAAAACAUCUAAACACAUUAGAUACCAUUAAAGUGGAUAAAAUUCAAAAGGUUAGAUAUAAAAGGGGAUAUAAAUCCAAAUCCAAAUCCAAAUCCAAGAGUGCCGCCAAAUCUUCUAAAUUUUAUAAAAAUAUAAACAAUUACAAUAGAUCUGUUAUUGGAAGGAAGAAACUAGAAGAUAGGGAGAAUAAUAUGAAAGGAGAUGUUAGAGGGGAGAGAGGGGGAGAAGAACAAGACGAAGAACAAGAGCAAGAAGAAAUAUAUGGUAUACUUGAAGAGAGAAAUAUUAAACAAGUUCAAUUUGGAUUAGAUAAAUUGUUUCCCACCUGGUAUGGAUCUGCAGUAUAUUUUGAUAAGGAAACUAGACAGCUAGGUAUUUAUCCUUCAAAGAAUGAUGGUAUAUUUACAAAUAAUAUUAAUACCAAAGUAAUUAAAAGUCAAAUCAUUAAUUAUGGAAAAGCAGACAAUGUUAGUUAUAUUGACCAUUCUUUACUUGUAACAAAUUCAGAUAAAGAAGAUCAAAAUAAUAAUAUCGAGAGUGCAAUUGAGUGCUUUAAAGAGAAAGAGAAAGAGAAAGAGAAAGAUGGAGUCAACAAUGAAAUAAAUAACUUCAACAAGAAUAUUAUUAAUGAUAAGGAUAAGGAUAGGAAUGAGGAUAAAACUGAUUCUAUAUGGUUAGAUACACUUUAUGUCUGUGAAUAUUGCUUUAAAUAUACAAAUAAUUCAAAUGAUCUAAAGAUCCAUGAUUCUAUGUGUAGAUAUAAAUUGAAUAAUCCAUCAGGGAAAAUCAAAUAUAGGUCACCUGAAUAUACUAUUAGAAGAGUGAAGGGUUAUAAAGAAAAAUUAUUCUGUCAAUGUCUUUGCUUAUUUACAAAAUUGUUUUUAGAUAAUAAAUCAACAUAUUUCAAAGUGGAAAAUUAUGAAUUUUAUAUUCUUUAUAAAACAAAUGGACGGAAACCAAUGGCCUUCUUUUCUAAAGAUGUUAUAUCUUAUAAUCAAAACAAUUUAGCAUGUAUAUUAACUUUUCCUCCUUAUCAGAGAAAAAGAUUGGGCUCGUUGUUGAUAGAGUUUUCAUAUAAGCUGUCUCGUUCACAAGAUUUAAUAUCAGGUCCGGAAUUCCCUUUAUCCCCUUUCGGUUUGGUUGGCUAUAUAAAUUAUUGGGCUAAGACAAUAUGUUGGCAUCUCCUGGACGGCGAUCUGAAUCACUUGACGUCGAUAUCAAUCAAGGAUAUAUCACUAGUAACAGGUUUUAGAAUCUCUGAUAUUAUUAUGACAUUAAAUUAUCUAAAUUGUAUUGACAUGGAAAAAGGGACUAUCAACAUUUCUCAAAUCAAAUAUUGGAUUAAUUCAAGAAAUGAAAAAAACGGUCAUUUCAUGCUAGAGGAUGAAUAUUUGAUGAUUUCAGAUUAA